ACUUUCUGCGUUCACUUAGCAAUUAGUAGUUAACAAACGUGGAGUACGCGAAGUCGUUUUUAAGGGAAUCACGAGUCAACAAUGAAUUUUGUGGAGGAAAUACUUCGAGCCUUCGAUCAAUCGCUCAUUAUCAGCUGUUGGAAGUACAUUUUUCCGGUGCUGGUGGUACUUUAUCUGUUCAUUUUUCUCUAUGACAAGCAUCGCUAUGGAGGAAAAGCGGCAAAACCACCGACAACGCCAAACGGGGCCAAGGAGAAACUAGAUGGAAUAGAAUAUGUUGGAGAAAUCGAGACGGGCGAGUUCGACCCAACGCCUGAACUAGAAGAAAGAGAGCAUAUUCCGUUUGCAGGCGCCAAAGUGACCCUGGACAAAGAUCCCAUCAAAGCUGCAAAUCAUUUCUACGAAAUCGUGAACGAUCGUCGCAGUGUUCGUAAGUUCAGCCGACGGCCGGUCGACGUGUCCGUGGUCGAAAGGUGUAUCCACGCAGCGGGAACAGGUCCAAGUGGGGCUCACACCGAACCGUGGACUUUCUGUCUCGUUUCCGAUCCGGACAUGAAACUCCAAGUUCGCGAGAUUAUCGAGGCCGAAGAGUUUAUCAACUAUGAGCAGCGGAUGUCCAAACAGUGGACCACCAAUCUGAGACCUCUGAAAACAAAUCACGUGAAAGAGUACCUCACGGAGGCACCUCAUCUGAUUUUGAUUUUCAAACAAACCUACGGCAUUAAGCAAGACGGUGGCAAGAAGCAGCACUAUUAUAACGAGAUAUCAACUUCUAUUGCCACGGGUAUCUUGCUCUGUGCACUCCAAGCCGCUGGUUUGAAUACACUCGUAACAACACCCUUGAACUGUGGACCUGCCCUCCGAAAUCUCCUGGGUCGCCCAUUAAACGAGAAAUUGUUGGUACUGCUCCCAGUUGGUUAUGCGGCCGAUGAUUGUACAGUACCGGAUUUGAAACGCAAACAAGUUGAGGAUAUUAUUGUUAAAUAUUGAUAAACUUUCACGAUACUGUUCAAUAAUACCCAGUGCUCGCAAAGUAGACUCCAACAGCUUGAUAAAUAUAAUAAAUGAAAAGGAAA